AUGUGUGCCACAGGAAACCGCUUCUCAAAUUGUCUAGAGCAGUAUAAAAAGGCAUAUGCGAAAGAUGUGAAAAGAAUCAAUUUGCUAGAGCUUAUGUGCCCUCUCUGUAGGGGUCAGGUGAAAGGUUGGACGGUUGUGAAAGAUGCGCGGAAGUAUCUGAAUUCAAAGAAAAGGACAUGCAUGAAAGACAACUGUUUGUUUUCCGGGAGCUAUAGACAGCUCAAGAAACAUGUAAAGGCAGUUCACCCGAGAGCUAAACCAAGAGCAAUUGAUCCUGUGAUGGAGGAGAAAUGGAAGAAGCUUGAAGUUGAGAGGGAGAGGAGCGAUGUAAUUAGCUCAGUAAUGUCGUCAACACCCGGAGCUAUGGUUUUUGGGGACUAUGUUAUCGAGCCUUACGACGAUGACUAUGAUGAUGACCUUGAGUCGGAUGAUUUGAUGGAAAGUGGGUACUUCGAUCUGGGAUCGCUAGAAGGAUUUGACAUGAGACGUCUUCAACCGCGUUUGGCCCCAGCCAUCUCCAGCAGGGGACUUCGCAGUUACUUGAUGAGCAACCGCCGAUACCUAAGCAGAGGUGGGAACAGAAGGCGCUAA